AUAGGGCUGUUAAACUGCUGGGAAGAAAUAUUCCCUCGGUUCUGAGGAUGACCGAGGGAGUGGAGCCGAAGAUAAGCAGAAGGCUGUGUGUUAAACCCCAGCAAGACCUUCAGACAAAGAGUCGAUCUGCUUCGGGAGUGCCUGGAUACAGACCUACACCCUGGGAGAGAAGGUUUUUGUUGUGGGCAGGCCAUUACAAAAAGCCAGAGGAUAUUCCAGACACUGUCUCGCUUGAGACAGUGAGAGCAGCACAGUCCACCCUGCGUGUGAAGUUCAGCUAUGUCAUGAUUGCCUUGACAAUAGUGGGAUGCAUCACCAUGGUGAUCAGAGGGAAGCAGGCUGCGAAAAGACAUGAAACUCUUAUAAACAUAAACCUGGAGAAGAAAGCCAAGUUGAGAGAAGAAGGUGCAUCUGCUAAACCAUAGCAGAGGAAAUGAAGAGAUCAAGGACUGGGGUAGAAAAGCCAAGUCCCUUUCAGCACUGAUGGGAGGAUACCAUCACAUCUGUCCUGUAUGUUAGUUCUGUACACCCAUGUCCAAGAAAGAAUGAAUAUGCUGUCCCGUAGUCAAUAAAAUCAGAAAUACCUACUUGC